UUGACUUUGACAUACUUCAAAUUUAACAAACAAUACUAACGUGAAAUGGCAGUAUGAAAAGUUCCACUUAGCAUAAUUUUUAUGUGAAAUUUCUGUGAAGAGAAAGUAAAUUAAUGUAAUUGGGGCAUAAAACUCGUCGAUAAAUAGAAAAGUUUCGAGAUUGAAACGGUCCGUAGCAGCCGUCAGAUGUGCACUAAUCUAUGGAAGGUAAUUUCGAGAGGGAUUCUACCUCCCUCAUCGGGAAGCUCCCCAGCACAGUAACAACACUUUAUCACGCGCAUAAUAGUAACGUUUUUAAAUCGAGCGAAUCGUCAGUUCAAAUUACUAGUGCGGUUAUCGGGCAACAAUCGCCAACCGGAGGCGAAGAAUCGUCGAAAACAUCACAAAACUUUUGCGAGUUAGAUAUUGUUUCUAGAAGGGAAAAAGAAAAGUCAACGAUUUCCACGUUGGCGGAAACGAGAGAUUCGUCACCGAAAACUGGUGUUUUUCGUAAAACAUUAAGCGGAAACGAACACAAUAAAAGUGGUGUGUUGUAUUUGGCAACUCUUGUAAAAGGAGUCGAUGAAGAUUAUUGCAAACCGAUCAUAACGAGAACUAGAGAAGAUAGACCUAAAUCACCUGUUUUUAUUGGGGAUUCUAAAGAUCCAAGGCAGAAACAAUUGGAUGAUUUUUUUAAAUUGAGACAACAAGAAAUGAACAAUCAAACGGUUAAUGUUAAAAAGAGUCGAAGCGUUUCUCGUAAAAGACGGUCUAAAGGUCGAUCUCCCACAACAAAAUCUAUCGAGCGAAAACAAAAAUCGUCAUCAUCCGAAGAAAUUGGACGUAAUCAACCUGAAUCGUCAAUUCCAGAAUCAUCAGUAACUAAUCCAAUCAACACUACCUUAGAGCAGGUGCCUUUGAAAUUUGUGGAUAUCGUCCAAGCAAGAACAAUGUAUUUUGUUGAUUUACCAAAAAAUUCGGAGGCAGCAAAAAAGAAGAAAAAAAAUAAAAGACCGAAAGAAAAUGCCACGAUUGUUUUUGAGAAGCAAGAUGCAAGACUGGGACAUAUUUUUGUUAAUAAAAUCGAAGGGGAAUACCCAACUAUGUCUAGUUUAGAAGACACUGAGAGUUCUAUUCCUAUAAAGUUGAAACCAGAAGGAUCUUUUGGUUCCUUAGGUACCAUCAAAAGAAAAGAGAAAAGACAUGAUAAUUCUCCACAACCUGAGGAACCAUCAAUAAUAUCGAAAAUUGAAAAAGAGUCUAAAACAAAAGGAAAACAUAAGAAGAAGCAUAAAUCUGAUUUUGUUGAAAAUGUAGCUGCGACUCAAAUGCGACAAGAAGCAAUCAAUUUGAAUUGCGAUUUUGUGCCGUGCAAAGAAGAAAAAUUAAAAGAUACUGAGAAGGUGGAAGUGUUGUACAAGAAAAAGUCUGAGAAGAAGAAAGACAGUGAUAAAAAGUCGAACAAACAUAGAAGCAAAUCACCGGAAAAAAUCGAAAAAGCUGUGGUAAAAGACAAAAGUAAGAAGGAGAAAGAUAAAAAAGACGAAAAAAAAUCGAAAUGUGCCAAACCGGAAUGCACCACUUCCGAUCAAAUCAAAUUGAACGAGAAACCUGAAACGAAUUCAAAAAACUUAAAGAAGAAAGACCCCUAUCACAAAAGCCGAAAAUCAUCACCACUUUACUCCAAAAAUUACGAUCAAAGUAAUGGUAACAUUGAAAAAAGUACGAGUAGAACGGGGUCGCUUUCUAAUCAUAAAAAAGAAUUACUUGAAAAGGACAAAAAAAGUAAAGCUACUCGCAAAGAAAUCACGAAGGAUUCAAAAAACUUUUCAUAUUCGCAUCAAAGUCGUGAACGCAACAAAAAAUCGAAUGUAGAACAAAAAGUACAAUUUAGUGAGUUAUCUUCUUCGAAAAAAUUUGCAAAAGAAUCGGCAGAAACAUUACAAGAUAACAAUGAUAUAUUUUUGUCAGAGGCGUAUAUCGAAGAAGGUGAAAUCAACCAUUUUCCUAAUUUGCUUUAUAAUAAUCCUAAUUUGAUUGUGAUUGAAUCAAAUGAUUCUGUUACUACCAAAACACCUAAGAAGGAUGUUAACAAGAAAAGAACUAAAUCAUCAAUUGAUCAAGUUAAAAGAUAUGCUGAAAUUGAAGCGCCAAAAUAUUCAAAUGCAACACAAUUUCAGGAGAAUACGGUUUCAGUGCAAACAUCUCUUCAACCAUUAAUAUCAACCACGACUCAAUAUGUUGGAGUUAGUAGUCCUUAUAUGGGAUAUUUUCUUCCUCCGCAAGUUGCCGAAAGAUUUUCCAGAAAAAAUACCACCCCGCAUUCUGUGAUACCAGAACGUUUAAAACCAUUAAAGAAACGCUCCAAAUCUUGCGUACCAUCAAAGUAUGUAACUGGAAUUGAAGAAGAUUUUAUGGGACCAACAGAAAAAUCACCCUUUUUAAGUAGCAGAAUAACAUCUGAAACCCAACUUAACAUACCUAGCCCAAAUAAAAAAAGAUCUAAAUCGGUGGUAACUAAAGAAGAACCUCCAAGCGAAAUUGACAAAACUACCUUAGCGACGAUUGAGUCAAGAGAACACCUUCAGCAAGAAUUAAUUAAACUUCACAUGAUCCAACAAAACGAUUUUCGAAAACGGAAUUUCAAAAAUGAACCAAUUAAAGGAGUAACUGGCAAUAAUCGAUUAAAACCUCGAUUACCAUCGAAAGAGGAGCAAGAAGCCAUUUUGAAGUUGCCUAUUUUUCAAAAUGAUACUGUUUCGUCAACUACUAUAACCAGCAGUGAUAUUUCCGGGGGGAUAAAAUUAAACCCAGCUUUUAAGAGAUUACGUUCUCGUGUUUCGGUAUCUCCUGAAGAUGCUCCAUGUCAUCCAGAGGAGGGAACGAGAUUUAUCAAGAAAAUUUCUCCAAGAAGAGAAGUUAGUUUAUCGCAAUUAAACGUUAUGCCUUCAAGGGAAUUUUAUAAAUCACCUAAAAUUGAAGUAUAUAACGUAACCUCAAGAAGCGAAGCAAGAAAUAUUUCAAGAUCUACUAUUUACUCGGAUAUGAUGUCGGAGCAAACUGAAACUGAGAACAAGAAACUUCAAUGUGUUCAUAUGAUCCUUGGUGAAAAAAUUACCGAAAUAUGUAAUAAAGUUAUCGAUAAUUAUGGAAAUGUUAUUGAAGGUUACAUUGUUUCGGCGGUUGAACCGCCAAAAAAGUUAAAAUACGUUAAAAUAAAAACGGUGAAGAACACAAUCACGAAUAAAUUGCGCGCAAUAUUUUUCCCACCCACCCAAAUUAUUAACUUAGAAAUACAUCCCAAAGGAGUCUUUGGUCACCCGGAAGAAGUUACAAAAGAAUUACCAAAGUCUCCGGAGCAAUCUGAAAGUACCAUAACAGCUGAUUCAUUAGAAAAAUCAAAGAAGAAUGGGAAUGCACCGAAAAAUCCAAUUCAAGUUAAAACUAAGAAAAAAUUGAUCCCUUUUGAAUCAAUAAAAAAGAAAAGCAAAACAGUUAGGAAAAUAUGCGAUGCUAAAUUAUUCAAGAAAUCCGAAAGUUUCAACCAAAUCGGAAAAUCUUUAAGUAACCUAUUCUUAGAUGCUAGUUCUUCUGCGGAUAAACCACCCCACAAGAAUAUAGUUAAAGCCAUUAUUGAACCUGUUAAAAAAACUCAACCAAAAACAAAAACGGUUGCGACUUCAAGACUUCAAGAUAUCAGAAGUUUGAGCCGAAUUAACAGCGCAGUAAAAAUGAUGGAAUCGUCUUUGCAAAUUAUUAAAGAAGAAAGUCAAUCAACCGAUAGCUCGGUACAAAAAACGGAGAAGAAAGAAAAAGUUUCUUUAACCGACAUCAAACAAACUCAAACCGAAUUAGUCAUCAGCGAUUUAGAAAGAAUGAAGGAAGUUAUUAAUUUCUUUUAUGAAGCGUUUGAUAAACGCAAAGAAGCUCGCAAGAACGUUGUUGAUUGUCUUCAAGACCCUCGCGAUAUCGUCACUAACUUAGAAAUUAAAAAUGAUAAUGUAUCAACUACGGAAACUUCGAGUUGUUGCGAACAAUUCAAGAACAUGGUUAAAAAUGUUAAACCUAAAUUUAACACUUUAAAAAAGUUAUCAUCUAAACACGAUGUAAAUUCUUCAUCGACAAAAAUUGCUGAGUACUCACCAUCAACUUCUUGCGACACUUGUGCUUUGAUUUCUAAUGGAUCUGGUGUUUUAAAAUCUAAACAAGUAUCACAACAAAAAAGAACAUUUUCGGCUGAACAUAUUCGGCCAUAUCAAAUUUAUCAAUCUAAUUCACCAACAAGAGAUUUUUUGUGCAACUUAAGAGCCUCAAAAAGUAUACAUAACGCAGCCCCGGAAAAGAUCGAUAAAGGCAUCUCAACGGAUCAUAAACCAGAAAUCAAAUCGAGUACUUCAAUAUCAGAUUUUUCAAGUUUAAUUGUCUCUCUUUGCGAAACUGAGAAGGUGAAAUUAAGGGAAGAAGCAGCUUUGUAUGGAGACGAUGAUAUCCCAAAAAAAAUGAUUGAGGAAAAAUCGAUUCAGUGCACAUUAACGGAUGAUGGUAACUGCAAAAGUGAAACAGAAGAGUUAAAUAAGAAUGAUAAAGAAAACGAAUGUUUGAAUAAAAAGGUGGUUGAAAAUAAAUCGUUACAAACCAGCGCGGGAAUUCCUAAAAAUGUUGAAAAUAAAAAAACUUUUUGCAAUAAUGUUACCCCAAAGGUUUCUUCCCAUACUUUUUUCAGCCAUAGUUGCCCGCGACACCAUCAUCGGAGAAGAAGUUGUGAUUCUUUGUCGGGUUCUAAAAUGAGCACGAAAUAUUUUCGGAAUAACAAAGAUUUUUCAAAACGUAAUAAUAAAUCUGUAGAAGUUGAUUAUGUUAACCUAUUAAGACUUGAGCGGCAUUUAGAGCAAGUUCUCGGCUUAUACCCCACAGUUUGUAAAGCAAUAAGGGCUCAUAUGGACCAACGUAAUCCCCGGCCCAAGAUGUCGCAGGAAAAGUGUCGUAAUAAAACAUAUUAUGCAUCUCAAGACACUUUAGCAACAACAGUUGACACAAUAACUGAAUAUAACGUAAUGGAAACAGACAAUAAUAAUGUUGUGACGCGAUCGUCCCAAAGAUAUCGAAACAUGAAGUUUCCAAUGAAUAAAUAUCUUUAUGAGAACCACUUCAAGUUUCCUAAAAGAGAGGGUGAACGAAGAAAUAGGAGUAGAUAUAGUUUGUUUGCUUCGUCAGGGAGGAGUAGUUCGAGAAAUGUUGAGUUUUUUGAGCCUUCAACUCCUUAUCCUUAUACAGAUACUAGCUCUAGCUCUUCUAAAGUUGAAAAAUUUAUGGAAUUACAACAUAAAAAGGAUCGAAAACCACUACCUCCAAAAUGGAACUUAAAAGGGAGGAGGCAUCGAAGAAGUAAUUUUAAUUUUCACAAUUUACGUUCUGAUGAUAUUCGAGAUAACUGGAGCAUUGGAAGCCCGCUUUACUCAAUAAGCACUCCGUCUUUAUCUGCUUCAAAAAACGAGUUUAUGUUUAAAACGAAAUCGAAGAGUUUAACUACGACUCAAGUUUUAACCACUCAAUUAUCCACGUCGAAAUCUUUGGUGGAGUUAUCUUCCAAUAAAACUAUGAAUCGGAGGGCGAUUAUUCAGAAGUUAAAAAACGAUUUAAUAAAAGGUGGAAAAGGAAAAAGUUUUCGACUCGGAACGCAACAAGUUUUCGUUCUUUCGCUAGAUUCAGUUAUGUCAUCCAAUCCAUCUUCAAAACUUUACACAAGAGUCGAACAAAAUUUACAACAAAAUUAUAUUGGAGAACAAAAUAACCCAAAGAUGAAAAUUAACGAAACUAAUUGUUACGAUUUGCUAUUUCCGGGAGGAAAUAUAAACGUAGCAAGAGGUAAUAACAUAGUUAAUCGUCCAUUUUAUAUACAUAAUCGUCAAUCGAGUAGUUCCGAAUUCGAUUUUUUGGACUCAAUUGAGCAACAAAGAAAUAAAAAGGAAGUGGAGGAAGAUAUGGGAAAUUUUAGUGCGGAUAGUUUAGAAUCAGCUUGUUCUCCUGCAGACGAAGCUUUGAAUUAUACGAUGGAACUGCUCCACAGUAAUUUACUUGCGCCCAAACAAAACUUUUUUGUUUAUACGAGCAGAGUGAAUUAUGAUUCGAAUCCACUUAAAUCCCAAAAUAAAAUGUUACCAAGAAGAUCAAGUAGCAGAAAUAGCCAUAAAAGUUACAGCAAAUCAAGUUCUCCUAAAAGAAAGAGUCCAAAUCGUAAAUCUGAAAAACCAGAUCAAAUUCAUUUAAAAAUAGAAACGAUUUCUAGUAGUAAACCGCAAAGUAGUUCUAACGAUGAUGGCUCAAAUACUUUAAUCUCCGAAAGUGGCUAUGAAACCAGUAAUAGAGCCAAACCGGCUGCUUCAAUUAAGAAUUUUUUUAAGAAAGGUGGUAGUUUGUUAGAUAUUUUUCGCAACACAACAAAAUUAAAGAAUUCUUCCCCUAACCCAAUAACGAUCAAAGAAAAAUGUAGCAAUACAAACCUAAUAAGUUUCUCAACUUUGUAUUCAAAAAACCAUGAAAAUCAAGAUGUCUCAUUAGCUUCAUCUUCGCAAGAUGACGACACCACAACAACUUCAAAUACAAAAAUAUUAUGGUCCACCUUUGCAAAAAAUAAGCAAUCCCCGAAAAUCAAAACAACAUUUUUGGGGCCAAUUCAAUCCUCACAAGAAAACACCACCGAUAAAAGCACAACAACUACGGUCAAUAAAAAAUGUUCCGCGAGACUCUACGAGAAACAAAUGUGUGCGUGUCACGAAUACGCCGAAAAAGUUGUGCAGGAAUCUCAAAUGAAAAAGGAUGGUUAUCAAAAAGAUUAUAAAGAUUUUGAGGAGAUCCCCCUUGAGCUCCUCAUCGGGAGAAAAGUUCCUUUUUCUUACAACAGAAAGGGAUCACCAACAAUCAUCCAGAUGAAUUCGAUUACUUCGCAAAAAUCUAGUAGUAAUCCUGAAACACCAAGGUACCCUUAUUACGAAUCAGAUCAUAUUUUACAAGAUAUGCAACCAUUUGUCACCUUUGUUGACGAUAAGAUCGUUUUUCAAUCUUCAAAAACAAGAAUGAGAAAUGAAAAGUCUCCAACAAAAUCUGUCCAAGCAAAACGAUUAAAUCAAAGGGGAUCUUGCCAUGAUGUAUGUAAAUUCAGAAUGAAGAAAUCUCAUAAUGAUCAUGAUGAUGAUGAUGAUGAAGGGAGGGAUAGUCGAAAAAGAAGUGGCGAUAAAAAGGUCGCUUGCAAAAAACUGAUUUCGAUUAAAGAAAAUUCGUUUAGAAGGAAACAUUCGCCUGUGUUAGGAUGUCACUGCGAUGAUGAUGAUUAUGAUUUGCCUAAUUCCAGUACCAUUACUACCCAUGGCAUAGAAUCGUACAAAUCAAGUCCUGAGGAUGGGUUUCAAACUGAAGAUGAUAUCACUGAAAAUCAAUUUAGCGAUGAGGAAUCUGUGCCAAAUCAGAAGAUGACGAAGAAGAAUAAUAAAAAUGCUAGGAUGGAUGUAAAUUGUAGAGGGAUAGAACCAUUUUUGAAAAUACCUUGUUUUAAAAAGAAAAAAGUCGCGGAAACGCAAAUAGAACAUGGAUCUUAUCGAAAUAGAGGAACGGAACCCGUCGAAGAAAUUCAAAAAGAAAUCGAAGCUAGGAAACGCACCAAAGAAACGUACAUGGACGUCAAACCUUUCCAUAAAACAAAAGGAACUGGGCCUAUGUCAAAGGAAAGAAUUAAAAAACGACGGGGAGAAACACAAAUUGUGGAUGUAAAUGAUUCAAUGCAUCCUGCUAAAGCUAAACGAUCAUUCUCUUUAGGAAGACGUGAUAAAAGAAAGUAUGAAUGUAUAUGUGAUGAUCAAGAUGCAGAAAACAUAUUAACGGAUCAACAACCUAUUGAAGAUUCAUCAUUACACCCAAAAACUAAACGUUUAAUGUCUUUAGGAAGACGUGAUAAAAAGAAGUAUGACUUUAUAAGUGAUGAUCAACAUUCAGAAUCAAAAGAAAAUAUAUUGAAAGAUCAACAUUCAUCAUUACACCCCAAAACUAAACGUUCAAUGUCUUUAGGAAGACAUAGUCGAAAAAGACAUCCCUUUAAAAAACAAUCCCAUGUCAUCCGUGAGAGUCGAGUUAAAUCAGAAUCACCAUCUAAGCGAAACGUCGAUGGGCGAUCGAGUAGUGGUAGUACAUCCCCAUCUUUUGAAGAUACAUCAUUACCACAACAUCCAAAAAUUAAACAUUUUGAAAAGCGAUCACAAACUUCCCAUGAUGGCAAAGUUCAAGCAUCAAAACCAAACAUUGAUCAAUCAAGUAAUGAUAGUAUUCCUGUUGAAGAUACAGUAUCAUUACCGAUACAGCCCAAAACGAAACGGGCUUCGUCUUUAGGAAGACGAAGAAUUGUGACACCCCAUAAAAAACCUCUUAAAAUUCGUGGGGAGGAUUCAAUGAGAACAAAUUCUCAUUUAUAUUCUUUACCAACCGAGAAAGGAAGUAAAAAUUUAUCCACGAAUAAAAACUUACCGUUAACUAAAACCUUCACUCCAGCAAUCUCUUCCUCAACAGCCCCAUCAACAUCUAAAGAAGGAAGUUCAAUGGAUAACAGAAAAACUCAAACUCCAUCUACGUUUAAAAAAGUAUACCCACGCGAACGAGAUGAUUACCAAUCAAUUAAAAGUGUUGAAUCGGAAAAAGACUUAUCAAUAAAAAAAGUUAAUAAUCAUCCUGAAAAAGUGGUGCAUCGAGAUUCUUCAGAGAUACUACAACAUAACGUCAAAUCCAAACCAUCGCGAACAGUACACACACAAAUCAAGCAAGAUCCAGUUUUAGAGUCGAUGUAUAAAGCAGCGUAUGAAGCGAAACCUCACGAACCCAACAAAGAGAGUGAUAUCAUAGAACUAUUACCGCCGAGAAAUAUUGCAAUAAGCGAUUCAAAACUUGAAACAUUAACAGCAGUUGAAUCCGAAAAAAUUGAAGAAAAACCGAUAACAUCGAUUCUAAAAUCGAGUAAUUAUGAAAAUACUCAAAUCCAAGAAGAGUUGAUACAGCAUGAUACAUCAAGUAUAAAAUUAGCACCUUUUCCUGAGGAACUAAAGAAUCAAGAAGAAACCAAGCCGGUUACUCAUGUUGUUGAUUCAUUAACUGUUCUUCAUAAAUCGUAUGGUGUUGCAAAGGAAGAAAGCGCUAUUUCGCUAUCACAUGAAAUGAGGCCGAGAUCUGUUAAUAUUUCGACAAUACCAGUGGUUCACGUUCGUUCGGAUAUCUUUCCUGUAGAGACCUUAUCCGUCCAUUCGUGUGCUUCGUUCAUUGACACAAUAAUGAAUGAAAUUGUUAACAAUGCUCAUGACAAAUAUUUAACAAGAAUAAAAUACGUUGAAACAAUAGAAGAUGACAUCACUCUUAACGAUGCUGAGUUGUUAGCGAUUGGUGAACAACAAAACAAUUUUGAAGAAACGCAAAGUCAUCAUGUUCAAGAUUUAGAAGAUAGCACUGCGGAGAAACAAGUAUCUGAAGACCUUCAUAAAGGAUUAACUGAUAAAGAAGUUUUUAAUAAGUUGUUAACGUCUUUCGAAAAAGAAGAUGAAAUCGCCGUUCGUCUUUCGAAGGACGAAACGUUUUUUCACGAACAGAUCCAAAUACUCAGGAGAGAUAGCGACGAAUCAUUGCAGGAUCAAGUGGUGGAAAAGGUCGACGAACAUGAUAACAUAUACGCAGAUGAUUUAACCGAUAAACAUCGCUCAACGCAUUUUUGGGAGGAAAAAAUGAAAGCGAUGAGAGCCAAAGAAGAUAAUCCGGUGAAAACCGAUGAUAUUGGAACGUGUUUUGCGAGAGGAUUUCGACCGGAUAAUAUCGCUUUAUCCGGAGAUGCUUGUUUUAAUUUGAAUAAACAGGACAAAAUUAAAUUUACCAAAGGGAUGCUUACCAACGAAGAAUCAAUUAUUGAUUUCUCAGAAAGAGAAACCCCUUUAGAUUAUUUAUUAGCGUUAGGAUUUAUGGUUGAUGAAGCAAGUAAUGCUUUAAAGGAUGAUGAUAUUAGGAGUAGAUUAUUAGCUGCUAUAACAGAGGCUAGGGUGUGGAUCAACAAGAUAACAACAACUCAAGGAACUCUUCUAUACCUUGUCGCAUAUAAAUCACGCCCAAAAACUAUGAGAUAUUUCUUACAAUUAGUGGAAGCUAUCAUAAAUAAAAGAAUUAAUAACGCAAUUAAAUUAGAUGGCUUUUUAAGGGUUUUAGAAAAAGUUGAAGAAGGUGAAAUCCAAAUGAUAAAUAUUUUGGGAGCUGAUAAGUUUGAAGAUGAAGAAAACGAAGAAAAGAUCGUUAAGAAACAAUUAAGACAACUCUUCGUAACCGUUUAUAAAAUUGCCGAAAAAGAAGCGCUACAAAAAGGUAACGAACUUAGUCAACAAGCGAUCGUUUUGUUGCGAAUUUUAGCGGCGAAAUACAGAGCCGGGUUACACCCCCACUUGGAAUUAAUAGCUCGAUAUAUUGGACAAGAUCUUUUAAACACAGAAACUCAAUUAGAAGCUGCAAUGAUUUUCUUAUCUCGUUUGGAUACGGCUGAAGUAAAACUGAAAGAAUUUGAAGCUUAUUGUGAUAUUAAAUGCGAGAAAAAGAAGAAACAAACAAAACAAUCUGAAGCGAUUAUGGAAGAUUUCUUUGAAAGCAAACAUACAGAUGAUAACCAGAAUCAGGUGCAACAAUCGGGUCCGCCAGAAGAUACUGGAAUGGAUGAAAUCGAAGAAGAUUAUAUCCCUCUUCGUAGAGGUGAUAAAGGUAAAAAGGCUCAAAUAAUAGGUUAAUAUCAAGUCUAUUUGAAGAGGAAAGGAAGAUAUGGUGGUGUUUAAGCAUGAUUAGGUUUGUUUAAAAUAAAUUAAAUUCUUGUUUACGGCUAAUUAUGCGUUUAUUGUUAACGUACGUACAUUAUAAAAAUAUAUUUUGUAGAAACGU